CAAGCAGCUGCGAAGAUUUUCCACUCAAUCAUGUCCGAUAAAGUGAUCCUCUGUACCGGGGCCAACCAAGGCUUGGGGUUCGCCAUCAUCCAGGUCGCUGCUCUGCGCCACCCAAACCAUACCUACAUUCUCUGCAGCCGCGGUCUGAAUGCCGGACAGCAGGCGGUCCAGAAGUUGAGAGAUCUGGGCCUCACUGCUAAGAUCGAUUUAGUCCAGUUGGACGUUACCAAUGACCAGCAGAUCAUCGAGCUUGUCGACCAUGUUACUACCACGUAUGGUAGACUAGAUGUCCUAAUAAACAACGCCGGCAUCAUCCGUGUCCCCUCCCCCGACGACCUCUCCGCCGCCCGCGCCGCCUACAACGACAUUCUCAACGUCAACAUCACAUCCGUCGCCGUCGUCACCACGGCCUUCACGCCGCUGCUGUACAAAUCUGCCGCACCCAAGGUUAUUAAUAUCUCCUCCGGCCUGGGCAGCAUCCAGAACACCCUGACCAAGAAGAUGGGUCGCACGCCGCCCUACGGGGCCAGCAAGGUCGGCUUGAAUGGUCUCACCGUCCACAUGCAGGUCGCGGAGAAUGAUCGCAUUGAAGCUGAGGGUACGAGCGGAAAUGGAAAGCCGCGCAUCAGGUAUUAUGCGUGUGCGCCGGGGCUGCUCAAGACGGCGUUCACGAACUAUUGGGAUAAUGGCCGGUCGCCGGAGGAUGGGGCUGAGGUGGCUGUGCAGCUGCUGGGGGAUGAUGAAGAUACGUAUGAGGGGGGCUCAUACUGGCAGUUUGUGGAUGGUGAGAUGAAGGUUGUUCCUUGGUAG